GAAACUGUGAGAUGAAACGCUCUUAGUUCCUUGAAAGCUGUUGCGCGUCGACAAUCUGUUGCUUCCAACGAUGUCGUCUUUAAAGCAGAUCGAAGAAGAUUUGAAACUGUUCCACGAAUAUUGCGUUACGAAUAAUUUGAGUCGCGAUGAGAUCGCGGAGAUUUGCAAACCUCUACGAACGCCGAUGAAGUUUCGCUCGGCUAUUUACUUGGUAUUGUUUAUAACUGCUUUGUAUUAUCUCAGUUACAUCGAAACAGUUUCUUGGCAUUUAACUGCGAUUGGUCGUAUUUUAAUGAUUAAGUUACUCCCGUUCUACGAUUGGCAGCUGUUGAAGAACGAGCGUUGUUUGAUCCCGAAAACCACAAUGAAAUCAUCGAAGGAAUGCUACUUUUGCGAAACCACAACCGCAAUUCCAUUCACGACUUCUUUCAAAUCAUUGCAGGAUCAAUACAUAGACUUAAACAUGCCGGUAGUGCUUAAAUUGAACGAAUCUAAAUACAACAGUAGCGAUGAAAUGAUUAAGGAUAUUUUUGAGAUCGAAACGUAUGCAGAUUCGAGUCCUUGCAAAUUAGCCACGAACUUGAAGAGACGCGACAAUGUUCAAGAUCUGUUAGAGGCAACUUUGGGAUACGACCAAUACUUCAUGCACUUCCAAAACUGCGAUUUUUACGCUGUGAAAGCGUUCAGGGAGAUCGUGUCGAGGCCUCGGUUUCUUCCCGCAGAAACCGCACCGAUUCAGUACAGCUGGAUCUUGUUGAGUAAACACUACGAAAGCGGGAAAUUCAAACCGAUCGAUUUGAAGGAUACGUUGGCCGUGGUGCUGCAGAUGGUCGGAUCCAAUCUGUUUAAUUUGAUUCCCAUCGACUGCGAACAGGAUUGCGACCCUCUGCAGAUUGAGUUGAUCGAAAACGAAGCACUCAUUUUGACGAGCUCUUGGGACUUGGAGUACAGAACCUUGGAUAAUGGUGAUGUUGACAAUCUUGCAGUUAUUUUGGAGACGCAUUGAUUGGAAACAUUGUUGCUUGAAUGGAGUAAUUACCUUGUAAUUAAGAAUUAGCGAAAGCUUUUGUGUCGAUGUGUUAUUUUUUUGUUUGUUGAUGUGCGCUAAAUAAACGUAUUUAAC